CCCUAGUUUCAUUUUCAGACAUUUCAACAGUUCAAUGAAAAGAAGUAACAAAAAAACAAAAACAUAUAGAUACUGAAGCGUUCCCCUGUAUAUAUUUAAGUAGAUAAAAAGCUAUUCAAUCUUCAAACGUGAACUGGCGAAUUGGCAACUGUUAAAACUAGAAACUCAAAACUGGAAGGCCACAAAAAAACACGAGUUGAAAGCGCAAGGGUCAAACAUGGCAAACAUGUCUGAGGCUCGCAUCAAGCGUGAGUUUAAGGAAGGCUUAUUGAGCUUUAGCGGCGAAUGCCUGGUCAAGGUGGAGCUGGUGAAUGACAGCUGGACAGAGCUGCGAGGCGAGAUAACUGGACCUCGAGGCACGCCCUAUGAGGGCGGCAAGUUUGUGCUGGACAUCAAAGUGCCCGAUAGGUAUCCAUACACUCCGCCGGAGGUGCGAUUCGUGACACGCAUUUGGCAUCCAAACGUCUCGUCGGUGACCGGCGUUUUUCGCAUGGAUAUCCUCAAGGAUCAUUGGGCCGCAGCGAUGACGUUGCGCACUGUCUUAUUAUCGCUGCAGGGAUUGCUGACCGCCGCCGAGCCAGAUGAUUGGCAGGACUUUGUAGUUGCGUUUCAGUUCAAGAAGAGGCACGAUCUCUUUCUGCUGACGGCUAAGCAUUGGACCAGUGCGUAUGCUGGCGGACCACGCACGUUUCCCGAACUAGAUCUGAAAAUAGAACGCCUCAAGGACUUGGGCAUCGAUGAGCACGAGGCGCGCGUUGUGCUCUCUAAGGAAAAUUGGGAUCUGGAACGGGCAGCCGAGUGCCUAUUUAUAUAGAGAAGAGAGUCGCACAGCAAGUGGGGCAAUAGCAGAACCAACAAUAAUAACUUAACAACUGCCACAAACCGAAAAAACAAAAACAAAAAAAAACCAAAAAAAAAGUUCAAUCUAUUCACUAGUUAGAAAUAGCAGCACCAUCAUCAAAAUCAAUAGGCAAAUGAAUCAAUCACUCAACUAAUCAAUUAGCCCCAAAAUUCAAGUCAUGUUUCGAGAUACAACAGCAACAACAACAACAACAACAGCAACAUGCAAAGUGUAAACUACCACGAGAAUUUUCAUUGAUUUCCUUAGCAUUGCAUUCAAACCUGCAUCGGUUUUUCUUUAUCCCUCGAAUUCACAAGAUUUCCUUCUGCGUGCUGCAAAAUGCAAUCGAAAUAUUGCGAAUUCGAAUGGUAAAUGGACGCCGCAAUAUGUCGCGUAUACUGUGCCUUCUUACACCGAAGACAAUAACUAUGUCCAUAAUACUGCUUCCACAAGUUGUAAUACUAAUAGAUUCAGUUAUUUUCAUUGUGCAUCGCCUUGCUCAACAAACAAAACCAAAGAUAAAUACUUGUACUUUAAUAAUCACGAAACAAACAAAAAAAAAAAAAAAAACAAACAAACACCCCAAUUAACUAA